AUGGAAGGUUCGAAAGCGUCGACGUCGGCCGGAGCACUAAGGGCUCUCUCGAUGGAGCUCAAGAACUUGCAAUCGCAGCCAGUCGAAGGGUUCACGAUAGACGUCAACGAGGACAACCUCUUCGUGUGGUCCGUCGGAAUUUACGGCCCACCUAAGACCCUCUACCAGGGAGGUUACUUCAAGGCGAGCAUCAGAUUCCCAUCCAACUACCCGUACUCGCCGCCAUCAAUGAAGUUCACCACGAAAGUGUGGCAUCCGAACGUCUACGAGGUUCGUAAACUGACUUGUAUCUUUCAGUUUUCAGAAAUACUUUCAGAAUGGAGAUCUCUGCAUCAGCAUCCUGCACUCUCCAGUCGAUGACCCACAGAGCGGCGAGUUGGCUUGUGAAAGAUGGAAUCCGACCCAAAGUGUGCGGACCAUCCUUCUCUCCGUGAUCUCGCUCCUCAACGAGCCAAACACUUCAUCGCCGGCAAACGUGGACGCUUCUGUCAUGUACAGAAAGUGGAAGGAGGAGAGCGAUCCGGAGUACGCAAAGAUCGUCAAGAAGCAGGUGGACGAUUCGAAGAAAGUCGCCCAAAAGGACGGAAUCACCGUACCAGAGACCAUCGAAGAGUACUGUGUCAAGUGGGCUCCGCCACAACAGCAAGACGACGUGCUCGACGGCAUUGAUUUCAGUUAGUUUUCACAAAAUCGUUCGGCUUCAUAACGAUUGUUGCGUUUCAGACGACGAUUUCGGGUACGACUACGACGACGACAAUGAGGAAGACGACGAUAGCUGUAAUUCGGACUACAACGAUGACGACGAGGACAGCGGUCAAGGGGAAAACUAG